AACAGUCCGAGAGUCUCCUUCAAUAAGCUCAGUGAUCAACAAACGAGCAAAGUUAGAUAUUGUUCUCUGAUAGUUUACUGAUGAAACCAGCUUUAGGAAUGGAAACUGGAAAGACUGAUAUUGGCACGGUGAUUGGAACGAAUGCGCAUGAAAAGGUUCAAAAUGAAGCAUCAAAGGGAUUUUCAAAUAAAAGAAUAAUAGUUGGAGUGGUAACUGGUGUCGUUGCCGUGGCAGCUGUUGCAACUAUUAUCCUUGUGUCUGUUUAUUUUGGAUCGGAAAUAACAACAGAAUCGUUCAAGACUGUACGGCAAACAUUCAAAUCCGACAAAGGGGAAGUAAUUGAAGAGGAAACUAAUGUAACCAAAACAGAGGUUGACGUGCGGAUUCCUAAUGUGGCUGGGGUCAUCUAUGAUUACAAAAAUGGCAUAGUUGUGACACGGUUUGUUGAUAGAGAGAGCAAUACACAAAGCGAAUGUAUUGCACAGCAUAUUAAUGAGACCGAAGCUCCAAGUCGAGACCCUAACGAUUAUUCAAGUGGAGAGGUUGACAUCCACCAAAAUGAGGAUAACGAGGAAAGAGAGGCUGAGAAGCAAGAGUGGGUAAGGACAGAUACCGAGGUUCCGCAAUAUCUGAUUUCUGAAAAGGUUGAAAGAAUGUGCAGGGGAACAAAAAUCUAUUGGAUGAAAAAGGUACAAAGACAGAGCGGUGGUGUGGAGAAACGAUAUGUAUGUCCGUCCUAUUACAGAUAUGUUCGCUGCGUUCCCUACAGAUAUCCAUGCGCUUAUCUUUGUUACGUCAGAAUCUACUGCAGAACCACGGGAAGGCUCGUCCGAUCAUAUUACGCGUAUGGGUGCAAAAUAUAUUGUGUUCCAGGCCGUUUCAAUCCAAUAUGUCCGAUAAGGAGAAAAUAAACCAAUAUGUUUUUUUGCUUCUAAAGGUUUAUUUUCAAAACAAAUUUAAAUUACCGUAUAUUUUCAAUGACUUACUUUUUUGAAUGUGAUUAUAUACCUAUAUCUGUAAUGAACUUUACUAUUCUUUGCCGAAUCAUUUAUAAAGAUAUGAAACAUAGAUUUCUUGCAAUUUAACAUGACAAAAGUCUAUAACAUAUAUGUUAUGCGAUUGAAAAUGUACUCGUAUUUUAUAUUAAGAGAUUCAUUUUGCUGUAGCUUUUACUAACUAUUUCUUUCUUCUUCAACGUUUAUGUUUAAUUAUAACUAAUCAGAAAUAAAAACUUUUUUUCAACGA